AUGCCAAAUCCAAAACAGAACGUAAGUGUAAUUAUACUGCGAAGUGAGAAGGAGUUAGAAUAUGCCAGUCCGAAGAGGCUUGCCCAAGGCAGUACGACAAACCUGAAGGCAGAAGCAGAAAUAGAAAUUCCAGCAGAGAAUCAGCCUCAAAAAUCAGAGGUAGAACAAUCCCCAAUACAGGUAAUACGUCCACCUUUUUCUGAAAGAUUUGCUCAAUCAAAAAGAGAAAAGGAAGAGAAACAGAUCUUGGAGAUUUUUCGCAAAGUCCAGAUAAACAUACCCCUUCUUGAAAUCAUAAAGCAAAUACCCAGGUACGCGAAAUUUUUAAAAGACCUUUGCACUGAUAAAAGAAAAUCGUAUGGGCAUGAAAAGAUUAAAGUAGGGGAGAAUGUGUCAACUGUACUCCAAAGAAAAAUUGCACAAAAAUGUAAAGACAAAUGCAUAUUUGCAAUAUCAUGUCCUUUGAAACAAACAGGAGUCACACUCCAAUUCGCCGAUAGAUCAAUAGUUUAUCCUAAGGGCGUGUUAAAAGAUGUUUUGGUCCAAGUGGAAAAAUUAAUCUUUCCAGCAGACUUCUUUGUCUUCGAUAUGGAAGAUGACAAUUCAUCUAACUCUACAGAUUUAUUGCUAAAAAGACCAUUCCUCAACAUAGCUAGAACGAAUAUCGACGUGCACGAAGGCAUGCUUUCAAUGGAGUUUGAUGGAAAAGAGGUAAAGUUUAAUGUCUAUGAUGCAACGAAGUAUUCUGAUGAUAAAUUUUCUCUUUGCAGCAUAGAUGUAGUUGACCCUCUCGCUUAA